GCAGUCGUGUUCCGUUUUGACAAUACAAUAUACGUGCAUGUCUGCUCCAACUGGUCCCUAUCGACUAUCGAGUUUCAACUACCCCAUUUAUCACCAAAGCCCCAUUCCUUAUCUAUAAUUUAAUGUCACCCUGAGCAGAGACUCGGCAUAUGGAUUUAUUGAAUUAUGUAUUUGCCACUAAAUUUGCGGAUAACUGAAUAAUUUUCGAUCAAGAAUUUGUGUUUGAAUCGGAUUGGUGAAAAAAAUGAGAGAGCUAAGGCCAUUGGUGCACCUUCUGUUGCCUCUGUGUGUGCAUUGGGUUGCUGAAGAAAUGACUGUUUCAGUUCUGGUCGACGUCACCACUAAUGCUCUUUGCCCGGGACAGAACACUUGCCCUCAAGCCAUUUACAUUAAUGGCAUACAGCAAACUGUAGUCGGCAUAUUCAAGAUGAUAGUUCUUCCACUUUUGGGUCAGUUGGCAGAUGAGUAUGGACGAAAACCGUUGCUUCUUAUCACUGUUUCCACCACAAUUGUUCCUUUCACUUUACUUGCCAUUGAUCAAUCACAAGGAUCUGUGUAUGCUUAUUAUGCUAUCCGGACCAUUUCCUAUAUCAUAAGCCAAGGGAGCAUCUUUUGCAUUUCUGUUGCUUAUGCUGCAGAUGUUAUUGAUGACAGUAAAAGAGCUGCUGCCUUUAGUUGGAUCACCGGCCUUUUCUCCGCUUCACAUGUUGUAGGUAAUGCCCUAGCACGUUUUCUUCCUGAAGGAUACAUAUUUGAGGUGUCAAUAGCUCUAUUGAUCUUUGUUCCUGUUUAUAUGGCACUUUUUCUGAAAGAAACAGUGGGACCAACUCAAAAAUCAGACCAGCACAUUUCUUUCUUUAACAAGGCAUUGGAUAUUGUUAAAGGACGAUAUUAUGCAAUGAAGUAUGCUGUGCAUGUUGUUACCAGCAGUACAACGCUUAAGCGCAUUUCUCUUGUUUCCUUCUUCUAUGAAUUGGGGAUGUCUGGCAUCAGCAGCGUCCUAUUGUAUUACUUGAAAUCAGUUUUUGGUUUCAACAAAAAUCAGUUGUCAGAAAUCUUGAUGAUGGUGGGGGUUGGCUCUAUUUUUUCUCAGAUGCUGGUGCUUCCUUUACUUAACCCGUUGGUUGGGGAGAAAUUGAUCUUGUGUGCAGCCUUGCUCGCUUCAAUUGCAUAUGGACUGCUUUAUGGUUUGGCCUGGGCACCAUGGACUUAUGCAGUUAUAUCCAAAGGAUCAAACUCGUCAGAUCAGGGAAAAGCACAAGGCUUUGUUGCUGGUAUUCAAUCAGUUGCAAGCCUGCUUUCACCACUUGCAAUGAGUCCUCUCACGACAUGGUUUUUAUCCGGCAAUGCACCUUUCAACUGUAAAGGUUUCAGCAUCAUAUUUGCAUCUCUAAGCAUGGUAAGCUCGAUUAAUCUUUACUCUUAGUAGGACAACUCUUCAGAUAAAUAAAUGACACAAAUAUCAUCCUUGGGAAGUGUAAUUCGCUAAAUCGAAGAAAAUGUCGAGGGCUAAUUUAUCAUCUGACAUAUGCACAUUCCUUUUGGUGGUGAUUUUAAGAACUACCCUUGAGGUUUGGGGUAUUUAGAAAAUCAGGAAAGUAUCAAAUUGCACGACACCCCAUUGUAGUUUGAUUCUUUCUUGAAUUUAAGGACUUGUAAUAUUUUAAAUUAAUACAAGUGUUGUGAUCACACUUUUUAUUAUUCAUUUAGGUUAUCUCACUGUGCUUCGCGUGGAUGCUAAAGUUAGAUCACAGGGAAGACAUUGAAACACCGCUACUAUCAUAAGAUUUGGUUACUGUAGAGAGGGCUGCUAUCGUAUCAAUAUUUAUGAGUUUUGCUAUCGCAUCAAUGUUUUCUGACUUCUGUAUCUAAACACUGAGCAAAUUGUGCAUGCAUCUAAUUCUCGGUAUGGUUUGGAAGAUCAUAUGCAUUUCAUGAUGUGCAAAAAUAUCGAGGGAGACUCACUUCAUGGGAUGGGCCUUAUGAUCUGCCCCGCUCGAGUUGUAGAUGUUACACGUAGUUGACGAUAUAUAUAUCUAUAUUGUAUCCUACAAGGUUGUUUAAUUUGGAUAAAUAGCAACCAAAACAUUGGUUAAUUCUUUUUUUACAAUUUUUUUAACUCAAAAUGCAUCUUAAA